AUGGUGGAUCAAAUGACUGAACAUGCUUGUGUAAUCCUAACUAUAUCGCGAUGGGAAUCCUUAUUGAAUGGCUUUCUGCAGUCAGUAAAACAGAAAAUUUGUGGGUCGUUUUGCAAGGUUACGAGGUUUCUGCUUCAUUUGACAUGGAAAGAGACCAAGACUCAAUGUUCUUACGACCAAUUUGAAGGGGCGUUGUCGAAAUGUCCUGCUCAAUUCUCUGUCACAGCAAUUUACAGCAGCGGCAUACUGGUCGUAGAAAAGAAUGUCCUGAGCAGAACAAGUAAAGAGGAACCAGAUUCUGGCAGCAGGAGCUCCGGGCGAAGUCCGACCAGCAAGUGGCGCGACGCCGAACAAGGUCACAACAGAAGCACCGGGCGAAGUCAAUUUCAGCAAGGAACGCCGAACGCAGUUGAUUCCAGCAGGUGGCGUGGCUUACAGGGUACGAUUCCGACGACGAAACACCGGGCGAAGGUCAGGUGGUGGUCGGCACUUCCCCAGGUGCAGAUGGUAAGAUCAGAGGCUACCGGAAAUAGGAUCAUAACAACAUGCCAGGCUUCUCGACUAGAUGGAUCGAGGGAUUCAAGGACCGAAGGACAGACGAAUCCAGCCCAAUCUUACGGGUUUAAAGAUAUUGGAGAAAGGUGCUUGCUACUUAAAGCAUGGCUCCGGAAAAGCCAACUAACCAGAGACAGGAUACCAGGCUUUGCACUUUGGCUAGUAAGAAUAUGA